AUGGACCAGCUCCCUGGAAUCCCCAAACUGGAGUCCAGGACUCUUUCUGGACGAGUUUUGGAGCCCCUGUGCGUGCGUGCGGUUGGAGUUCUGGGGGCAGCAGGGCCCCAGGAGAGAGAUUUUCCCCCUUCCUCAGCCCUGGCCCACCUCUGCCUGCCUCCCCUGCUGACCUCCUUACCUUGUCCCUCCUUCCACCAGCUUGUUUCAUCCCCUGCCCCCCUCCUGUCGGGGGGGGGGCACAGAGUGGGAGAUCGGUGGUCAAGGCUCUGGAUCUCUCCUCUUCUGCAGGUUUUCUCCAAGAUCUUCAGCCAUGAAGCCUUGGAGACUUAUCUCCCCAAAAUCCAGCUGGUGAUCCAAGACACUCUGAGGGCCUGGAGCAGCAACCCUGAUGCGAUCAACGUUUACCAGGAGGCCCAGAAACUCACCUUCCGCAUGGCCAUCCGGGUCCUCCUGGGCUUCAGCAUCCCCGAGGAGGACCUCACCCACCUCUUCGAGGUCUACCAGCAGUUUGUAGAGAACGUCUUCUCCCUGCCUGUCGACCUGCCCUUCAGUGGCUACCGUCGGGGCAUCCAAGCCCGGCAAACCCUGCAGAAAGGGCUGGAGAAGGCGAUUCGUGAGAAACUGCAGAGCACGCAGGGCAAGGAUUACUCGGAUGCUCUGGACAUCCUCAUCGAGAGCAGCAAAGAGCAUGGCAAAGACAUGACUAUGCAAGAGCUGAAGGAUGGGACCCUGGAGCUGAUCUUUGCAGCCUAUGCCACCACGGCCAGCGCUAGUACCUCUCUGAUCAUGCAGCUGCUGAAGCACCCCAACGUGCUAGAAAAACUGAGGGAGGAGCUGCGAGUUAACGGUAUCCUGCACAAUGGCUGUGUGUGCGAGGGUGCCCUGAGGCUGGACACCCUCAUCGGCCUGCGCUACCUGGACUGUGUCAUCAAGGAGGUCAUGCGCCUCUUCACGCCCAUCUCUGGUGGCUAUCGCACUGUGCUGCAGACUUUCGAGCUAGACGGCUUUCAGAUUCCCAAAGGGUGGAGCGUGAUGUACAGUAUCCGGGAUACGCAUGACACCGCGCCGGUCUUCAAGGACGUCGAUGUGUUCGACCCUGACCGCUUCAGCCAGGCUCGGAGUGAAGACAAGGAUGGCCGCUUCCACUACCUCCCCUUUGGCGGUGGCGUCCGGAUGUGCCUGGGCAAACAUCUGGCCAAGCUCUUCCUGAAGGUGCUGGCGGUGGAGCUGGCCAGCACCAGUCGAUUCGAGCUGGCCAGCCGGACAUUCCCACGGAUCUCCCUGGUCCCCGUUCUCCACCCUGUGGAUGGCCUCAGCGUCAAGUUCUUCGGACUGGACUCCAACCAGAACAAGAUCCUCACCGAGACCGAGGCCAUGCUGGGGGCCACCGUCUAAGGGGGCUCCCUGGUGAUGUCCUCCCCCUCCCCCUCUGCCUUUCCAUAGCUUGGGUGGGGAGGGGAGCCAGUAAAGGAAUGGGGGGGGUAACAAGGAAACCUGUGUCAGUGUAGGAAGGGGGGGACCCUGGAAGCAAAGAGAAAAGGCUGAGGGGGGAGGAGAGAGGAUCCACUAGCUCUUCUCUCCUUUCCCUUGGUGGCCUACACCCUCUGGCCGAUGCUGAAAGGGUCAUCCCCACAAUAUGGGGCUGGGAGGAGGGUCUGGCCCUUCAUUUUGGAGCAAGGGGUUGGUUUCCCUUCUCCGACUCCCCUCCUCUUUCCCUCGUCUCCCCCAGCCUAGCCCCUCCUUCCUCCCGGCAUGGGGUGGAAGAUCGUAAUCUGCCGGUGACCCGCAUGCCCUUUACAGUGUUAAACGUGUGGUGUUAACGGUGUUUUUUGGACGUCGUUGUUUCCCGUUGUUCCCUGCCCUCAUCCCUUCCCCCCAGUGCCCCAUUUUAUUUCUGUUCUCCUCCUUUGGGUUGGGGUGAGAAGGGGUCUAAAGUGCAGGGAAGGGAGCUACCCACUUAGCUCAUUUCCCAUCCCCCCAAAAGACCUGCUCUACCCCCACCUCUUACCACUGCUCAGACCAGGCCUUGAACCCCUCAGAACCUCCCCAGGCUUGGGGGGGGGUUACUCUGCAGCAAGGCAUUCUGGGUGAUGGCCUGAGGGUGGUGAGCCAAAGUGGCUGUGAGUUCCAUUAGGGACUCUCACUGCCAGUUUGGACGGUUGAAGUCACCUGUUGCUGCUACUCUUACUUUCUCUCCCCUCCUCCUCCACCUACCCCCCUCCCCCCGCCCCCAGCAUCGGCCCUGGAAGCCCAGGGUGAGCACACUCAGCUUCACUCUCCCCGUCUAUCAGCCUUGAGCCAGACUCUCCUCCCCGUGCCCAACCCCUGCCACUGAGAGCACUUGAGCUAAUAAGCCCCUCCCCAUCCCGUGCCCUUAUAUUUAUUAAUGAGUCCCUGGGAUGCCUAGAAUUUGCAGGACUGGAGAGGUCAGCUGUCUCCUCCACUGCGCCUGCUUCCCAACCAUUGCCCUAUUCUUAAUGAUCUCCGGAGAGAGAGGAGGAGGAAAUCAUGAUCUCCCCCAAGCCCUGACCCCCGAUCCACUAUCUGACACCCUUCCCUAGGUCAGAGCAUUCUUCUGAUGGUCUGACCACAGGCCUUUUUGAUGCAGAUGGCAUGUACGGCCUGCACAGUCAGGGAAGUGACCUGUCACCAUGAGCCCUUCUUACAGAAAUGCCAACGCUCUGGGGACUCGAAGGUUGCUUUGACCUUGUGCCCUGACCUAAGUCCCCCUUUCUCCCCCACUCUCUCCCUGGGUGGGUGAAUUCAGAGCAGAGGGGAUGGGUUUAGGGCUGCUUCUUUGAGAGAAGCUGAGCCUCUCUCCCUACCCUGUCUCCUCUUCCCGCCCGGUUCCCCAGACCCUCCCCUUGUCCAUAUUUCCUUCAUGCCACUGGCCCAUGUUAUACUCUGCUCCAGGAGGGGAAGACAAAGUGGAAGGAGGAGAAAUUCUCAAGCCCCCUUUUCUUUGAGUCUGACUUGAAGCCUCCCUGCUGGAGUCUCCCUACUGACUAAGGACAGAAAUGGAAGGGAGCUCUGAGAAACAGUUACUAGAUGAGCGUUCUGGGCACCCCCCGGCAAGACUGAGUCCUCCCUCUUUCUCCAGGCCCUGCUCUUUCUCUGCAUCUGAAGAGGAGGAGAUGAUGUGCCUGGUACCAAGGUCGCUCUCACCUGUGGGUGAGGUUUGCCUGCUAGGAAGUCAGGAUGGCGAGGAAGGGACGGCCAGGACAGAGCGGGGUGUUGUUCACUGGGCUUCCCCUCCCAUUCCCAACCCCUGCCUUGUUCGACUCCUUUCCACCCCAUCCCGUUCUCCUGCAGCUCCGUAAACCAUGGGUUCAAAGUCUUAGAACCCUAGGGCAGGGUCACCUUGAAGAAUGGCAUUCUGGGUAACAUGAUGCAAACCAGCCAGGACUUGGGGGUGGACCUCUAUCUUUCAGGAGACUGGAGAAGGAAGGGGUGGAGGAUUCUUCAAAGAGCUUGGUGGGCAGAGGGUUAGGUGGGUGGUUGGGCAGGAACCAGGGGCCCAGUACAAAUGCAGAGAGAAGCCAGGAAGGAAAGAGAAGGAAGCGUGGACCUAAGGCACUUGGCUUGAUGGGCUCGCUUCGGUUUUAGGCCAGAAGCGUCCAUCCGUCUGCAGCUCGGUUGUAUGCCCAGAUGCGUGUACACGCAUGUAUCUCCAAACGUGCGUGUGUCUGUCUUUUAGCACUAGAUUUAGAUGGGGACAUCCUAACUAAGACAGCCCCUCCGCCCCCCCACACAAGGCCACCCCUGCAGUGGGUUUGCAGAAUAAAGCACUUUUGAUGUCGGGGCCCUGGUGGUGGCGCCCCCCGCACCAUCCCAACCCUGCCCAAUUUGCUAUAAUAUUAUUUUAUACACAAAAAAAACAAUGUUUUUGGUUGCAGAAAUGUUAUAAUUUGUUUUUUUGUCUGUCUUUAUAAACUAUUAUAAGUACUAUUUUUGUUAUAAUUCAAAAUAGAUAUUUAGUAUAAAGGGUUUUUUUGCUGUUAAAUAUUUGUUAUUUAGUAAAAUAUGACCCCC